GUUCCCGAGCGCGGCCCGAGAGUUCCCGAGCGCUCCCCGGAAGCUGCCGAGCGCGCUCCGAACGCUGCCGAAAAGGCCCCGAGCGCCGCCGAGCAGGGCGGAAGAGCUGAGGGGAAGCUGGGCCUGGAGCCGUGAGGGCUCCGUGCGGGGCAGGGAGCGCGGCGGAGCGGCCUGGGGCUGUGGGGAAGGUGUGCGGCAGGGCUGUCCAAGCCAUGAUUGAAGUGUUGGCCAAGCUGGGCCGUGGGCCCGUGUUCCUGGCAGGGGAGGUGCUGGAGUGUGUGAUCACUUUCACCAACCCGUUAUCAGCCUCAUCUACGUCUGCCAGCAGUGAGAUGCUGGCAUGGGCCAGUGCCCAGAUCCACUGCCAGUUUCACGCCAGCGAGAACCGGGUGGCACUCCCUCCUUCUGAUGGCAGCAAGCAUGACGUGCAGGCAGAGAAUGAGACAGUCUUUGUGCCCAACAGAGGAGAACGGGGUCAGUGUAUCCUGUCCACCCCACCAAAGAUUCUCUUCUGUGACUUGCGACUGGACCCUGGGGAGUCAAAGUCCUAUUCAUACUGUGAGACGCUGCCCAUAGAUGGGCCUCCCUCUUUCCGGGGACAGUCAGUGAAGUACGUGUACAAGCUGACCAUUGGCUGCCAGCGUGUCAACUCCCCUAUCAAGCUCCUGCGGGUACCCUUCCGUGUCCUCGUACUGCACGGGCUCAAGGAUUAUCAGUUCCCACAGGAUGAGGCUGUUGCACCCUCAAACCCCUUCCUGGAAGCAGAGGAGGGCUUGAAGAAAGACUCUCGCUUGGCAGACCUGGCAACAGAGCUGCUCAUGGUGGCCACCUCCCGACGCAGCCUGCACCUGUAUAACAUCAGCAACACUCGUGGCAAGGUGGGGACGUUCUGCAUCUUUAAGACCGUGUAUAAGAUCGGAGAGGAUGUCAUUGGGACCUUCAGCUUCUCAGAAGGAGACAUCCCAUGUCUGCAGUUCUCAGUGAGCCUGCAGACGGAGGAGAGCAUCCAGGAGGAGUUCCAGCGCCGGCGCGGGCAGCCGGUGACCUUCAGCACACAUGCCCGCCAUCAGGAGGCCUGCCUGCACACAGCACAGAGCAGCUUCAGCCUGCCCAUCCCACUCAGCUCUACCCCGGGAUUCACCACCAACAUUGUGUCCCUGAAGUGGAGGCUGCACUUUGAGUUUGUGACCUCCGGUGAGUCGGCGGGGAACUGCUUGGUUCGUGGGAGCCAGUCAGAGGCCAUCACCUGGACUGGGGUGGAGCAGAUGGAAGUGGACACUUUCAGCUGGGAUUUGCCCAUCAAAGUCCUUCCCACCAACCCCAUCCUGGCUUCCUAUGUAUCUCAGUUCUCCAGCACUAAUAACAUUACCAUCUGAAGUGCGGAGAGCUGGUAGGGCCUGUGGUGCUAAAACAUGUGCUGCUGGUGGGAAUGGCAAGCAGGACUGUCACCAGCAUGCUGCAGGACACACAUCCCAAUGUCCCCUUCAUCUGCAGUCACCGGGCAAGUCUGUCCUGCUUGCAGGUGGAGGAGCACUGUGCUUGCUGUGGUAUCUUGUGCUGCAGCCCUUGGCUGGGAGCUGGAUCCUCUCUGCCUGGGUAAAGGUGCAAGUCCCGGCACUCACUAAAAAGGAAUCUGCUGCCCAGAGAACAGCCUGAUGUGCCUUUACCCCAUGAGGGGCCUCCAAGAAGGAAAGACCCAGCCCAGGAAAAGGAGAAGGGAGCUUUUCCGGUGAAGCCCCAUACCAGCCUUGUGUGAAGGCUCUGCCCCUACAGAGAGACCCCUCAAGCAGAGGUCUGUCCACAUGGGCUGGGUGGGAUCUUGCUUUCCUGCCCCAGCACACAUUCUACCUGCUGCAUGGAGUGUCCUGUACGCACAACCCUACCCUCACCCAGAGAAGGCAGGUCCUGGCAGGCCGGCUCUGUGCUGUCAGCACGUGUUGGUGUCCUGCAUCCCUGUGGCCAUGUGCUGUGGCAGCACCACGGUGAUGAUCCACAAGCUGUUUUCUGCCCACCCUCCUGGGUGUGAAGGCAUCCUGCUGGUCUCGGGAUCCUUAGGGAGCUGGAGUGAAUGUGUGCUGUGCUCUGGAGGUCUCCCUGCUCAACCCCCAGCUCCCCGUUUCUACCAAACCUUCCAUAGUUUUUCUCUAUUAAUAGUCUAAUAAAAAUCCGGAUGUGCAAAACUCA